AUGGCCAUUUCAAUGAUGGGAGCAAAUGAGAUGGUGGAGGAUGCAAAUGCUGUUAUAUUGACUUUUGGUUCUCUCUCUCAAAUCUUGUUUAGAGGUUACACUGAUCAGAUGGUGGAGGAUGCAAAUGCUGUUAUAUCGACUUUUGGUUCUUAUCGACUUGGUGUAAACAUAUUUAUGUUAGCAGCGGCGAAAUUAAAAGGUCCUUUCCUUUGUGGAUGUAAUCAAGUAGUGGAAAUUGAGGUUUUUAUUGUAUUUUUGCUCCCAUGUAACAAUGGUUCUCUCCUUUAUGGAGUAGAUGUGACAUUAAUUGCAACUGGAAGGGGUCCAUUUACAAAAGGUCUUGGACUGGAGAAUAUCAAUGUAGUGACACAAUGGGGUUUUGUUCUAGUAGAUGAGCGUAUGCAAGUUAUUGACGCAAAUGGUAACCUGGUUCCUCACUUGUAUUGUAUUGAUGAUGCAAAUGAGAAAAUGAUUCUUGCUUAUGCUGCUAGUGCACAAGGGAUUUCUGUUGUUGAACAAGUCAAUGGAAAAGAUCAUGUGCUCAACCAUUUGAGCAUUCCAGCAGCUUGUUUCACUCACCUAGAAAUUAGUAAUGGUUGGACUCACAGAGCCUUAAGCGAAGGAGAGAGCUGA